AUGGAGUGGGCAAAGAACACUUACAACACCCAGUACGAGAACUGGGUCCCCUGGCUCGAGGACGUCUACCUCCGCUGGUUCACCAAGGAUAACAAAGCCAGCUACACCACCAGACAGAACCUAGACAAGACCAAGGUCACGGGCAUCGAACAAGUUGACACCCUCCAGGACGGAGUGCAUAAUCUCGCUGCCGGCCAACUCGGCCAGGGAGGCCUCCUGCAGCCCGUGACGGACCUCGCCUCCAAGGAGGGCAUCAACCGCGCCGAGCGCCAGGGCAAGGACGACAAGGGCAGCUACGUGCCCACGUCCGUCCCCGGGUCCGAGACCGUCGGCAACGCUGCCUCAUCAGUCGCCGAUGGUGGCAAGUCCAUCGUGAACGGCGCCUCUGACGGCGUCAAGAGCGCCGGAGGGUUCCUCGGCGGUGCCUUUGGAGGAGGCAAGAAGCAGGAGGGACAGCAACAGCAGUGA